GAGGGCCCUGUGUCUUUGCCCUGACUAGGCCAACAGCCCCUUAGCUCUCCGAAUUGCUCACCGCUGGCACAACAGCAGGCGCACCCAUCUCCUGGCAAUUUUCUCCUCUCAGCUCUUCUCCCUCUGGUCUUUGGCAAGGGAGCCAUUGCUUGGCCGUUUCCUGCACUUCCCUUCAAGCUUUCCUUUUGCUUCUAGCCGGAUCACUUUCUUCGCGUAGGAAGGAUGUCUACCUUCGAGGACGCGGAGAAGGAGAGCGAGUAUGGAUACAUCAAGAAGGUCUCGGGGCCUGUCGUCAUAGCAGAUAACAUGGGAGGAGCUGCUAUGUACGAGCUUGUCCGUGUGGGAAAUGAUAGGCUUAUUGGAGAGAUCAUUCGUCUGGAGGGCGACUCAGCAACUAUUCAAGUGUAUGAGGAAACAUCCGGUCUGACUGUGCGAGAUCCGGUGCUUCGCACUCACAAGCCACUUUCGGUGGAGCUCGGCCCUGGUAUUCUCAGCAACAUCUUCGACGGUAUCCAGCGGCCAUUGAAAACUAUUGCCAUUAGGUCCGGCAAUGUGUACAUUCCGCGUGGUGUCGCGGUUCCCGCGCUUGACAAAGACAUCCUUUGGGAGUUCCAACCGAGGGCUCUGAAUGUUGGAGAUAUCCUUGCGGGUGGUGACAUAUUCGGGACUGUCAUCGAAAACAGCCUCAUGACACAGAAGAUCUGUGCUCCUCCGAAAGCCAUGGGGAAGGUCACUUUCGUUGCACCCCCUGGUCAAUACAGUUUGAAGGAUAAAGUGCUCGAACUUGAGUUCCAAGGGCAGACGAAGCAGUACACUAUGCUUCAGACAUGGCCUGUCCGCUCUCCCCGUCCUGUGGCACGGAAACUUCCAGCAGACACACCCCUUUUAACUGGCCAGAGAAUUUUGGACGCCCUGUUUCCCUCUGUGCUUGGGGGUACUUGCGCUAUUCCAGGUGCUUUCGGUUGCGGGAAGACUGUCAUUAGUCAGGCACUUUCCAAGUUUUCAAAUGCCGACGGUGUCAUUUACGUCGGUUGUGGAGAGCGUGGAAAUGAAAUGGCUGAGGUGCUGAUGGAUUUCCCCAAGCUGACCAUGACGCUUCCCGAUGGCCGUGAAGAGUCUGUGAUGAAGCGUACCACUCUUGUUGCUAACACGUCCAACAUGCCUGUGGCUGCACGAGAGGCAUCCAUCUACACCGGCAUUACCCUUGCUGAGUACUUCCGAGACAUGGGCUACAACAUGGCCAUGAUGGCUGACUCCACGUCGCGAUGGGCUGAAGCUCUUCGUGAAAUUUCUGGGCGUCUCGCUGAAAUGCCUGCAGACAGUGGUUACCCUGCCUACCUGGCUGCCAGGCUUGCAUCUUUCUACGAGCGUGCUGGCAAGGUUCAGUGCCUUGGAAGCCCUGACCGUACAGGAAGUGUCACCAUUGUCGGUGCUGUGUCUCCUCCUGGUGGUGACUUCUCAGAUCCUGUCACAGCUGCCACUCUCGGUAUCGUCCAGGUGUUCUGGGGUCUGGAUAAGAAGCUCGCUCAAAGAAAGCACUUCCCUGCUGUGAACUGGCUCAUCUCCUACUCCAAGUACACCAAUGCACUGGAGUCUUUCUAUGAUGUUGAAGCGCCUGAUUUCAUUUCUCUUCGUACAAAGGCCCGUGAGGUUCUUCAGCGUGAGGAUGAUCUUAAUGAAAUCGUGCAGCUUGUCGGAAAGGAUGCCCUUGCUGAAGGCGACAAAAUCAUUCUGGAAACAGCUCGUCUGCUGCGUGAAGACUACCUGGCUCAGAACGCCUUUUCCUCGCAUGACAAGUUCUGUCCUUUCUACAAGUCUGUGUGGAUGAUUCGUAACAUCAUCCUGUUUUAUCAGCUGGCAACACAGGCUGUUGAGAGGGCAGCUGGUUCAGAAGGCCAGAAGAUCACCCUUAAUGUCAUCAAGCAGAGGCUUGGUGACCUCAUCUACAAGAUUGUGUCCCAGAAGUUCGAGGACCCUGCAGAUGGCAAGGCGGUUCUGGAAGCCAAGUAUCAGAAGCUUAGCGAAGAGCUCACGGCUGCUUUCCGCAGCCUGGAGGAUGACUACAGGUGAUCUGCUGGAAGAUUGUGACUGCAGGGGGAGAAAGACCAUAACGCGAAUCGACUUUCAUCUUGUUUUUAGGGCAAACCAAUCAUGAGUACAAUCACGGUAGCUGAAGCUGCAGCUUACUGUCCACUGUCCAGCCUUUUAGGGUACUUCUUUUUCCUUGUUUUCUUGAAAUGAUUUUGUGAUGGGUAUAGCCAUUGUUGUGUUGUAGUGAAAUCGUGGGUUCGCUAGAGAUUUAAAUUUGAGCAAAGCGUCAGGGCUCAUAU